GAUGAUGCUGAGCGACGACUGGACCGUGAUGAACAACAGCAGCUCAGAGCUGGACGGCAGGAGGCCCCGCAGGUCAAAGGUCAGUAGGUCGUGUUAAUCUGCACUUAAUCCGUCAGAUCAGGGUGUGGCUAAUCUGCAGCAGCUGUCAGAGUCGCUGAUCUGCUGGCGAGCCUCUGAGCAACACGCUGGGGAAAGUAUUCACACCCCUGCUGGCUGAAGCUUUGACCCAGUUUCAGCUCAAACCGGCUUAAAGAGACAGAACGCGAUUUCAAAAAAACAAUUACAUCAAUAUGGGAGGAAACGCCCGGACCUGACCGGACCCGACCAGCCGGUUGGCCCAAGCCAACCAGUCCGGCUCCAGUCCGGUCCGGUCCGCUCCGGUCCAGACCUUCCAGCAGGGGUGGGGAUACUUUUAGAGUCCACUGGACUCUGAGGUUCCAUGAACCCAAGUCCCGGUUCUGUGUGUGUGUGUGUGUGUUCAGAGGUGCUGCACCUUCCUCUUAUGGUCGGUCGCCGUGCUGUUCGCCAUGGCGGCCGUCGUCACGGCAACAGUGACGGUCCUCCAUCUCCACCAGCUUCCUCUGCCCAUCUUCAGCAGGUAACGCACCUGUCUUCUCUGCUCGCUCGUCUGUGUCUCCGGCUGCACCUUCACCUGCCGUUGUCAUGGCAACAGGGGCGGGGCCUCCACGCCAGCCAUCUCUGCUGGCUCUUCAGAGUCAGGCGCCCUGGUGACCAUCUCCCGCGUGGCGGAUGGCGAGCCGGUCAGCGUCUUCCUGGACCCCGCCUGUCCGGACCUGAGCCAGGACUUCCUGCGGCUGGAGGCGCUGCACGGCUCGCUGCUGCACGCGCUGACCAAUCGCAACGCAGACGACCACAGGAACGGGGGGGCCGUCCAGAAGCUGGGGGACGACCUGAAGGCGCUCUCAGGCCACACCCACAACCUGAGGCUGGAGGCCGAGUCGCUGAAGAGGGGCCAAGGUGCUCUGGACCAGCGCAUGGACCGCCUGCAGAACGAGCAGAGCCGCAUCAUCCAGGUAGAGUCACACCUGGCUGUGACAUCAUCAGCCAGCACAGCUUCGGCUCAUCAGGCCGGACCAGUGGGGCGUUAACCAAUCGGGUCUGUCCACCUGUCCAGGUGCUGUCUGACAACCACUCCGGCAUCCUGAAGCUAGCUGAGAGCUGCAGCGAUUCUCUGCUCGGCCUGAAGAGGGAGACGGAGAGCCUAGGGAGGCUGAAGAGCGAGCUAAGCCGCAACAUUGCCCAGACAGCCGUCCAGCCCAGAGACUGCAGCGACGUCCUGGCGUCCGGCGUCUCCGUGGAUGGAGUCUAUUCUGUGUUCCCAACCCACGACCCUGAGGGUUUCAUGGUCUACUGCGACCUGAGCACAGACGGCGGAGGCUGGACGGUGAUCCAGAGGAGGGAGGACGGUUCCAUGAACUUCUUCAGAGGCUGGGAGGCCUACAGGGACGGCUUCGGGACGACCACCGGGGAGCACUGGCUGGGCCUACACAGGAUCUAUACCCUCACCAGGUCAGGAGGCUACGAGUUGCGUAUCGACAUGGCUGACUUUGAUAACGCCACGGCGUUCGCUCGCUACUCGGAUUUCUCUGUCGGUCGAGACUCGGUGAACCCGGAGGAGGACGGGUACCCACUGACCGUAGACGGCUACUCUGGAACGGCAGGAGACUCUCUCCUGAAACACUCGGGGAUGCGGUUCACCACUAAAGACCGGGACCAGGACCAAUCUGAGAACAACUGUGCGGCAUACUACCAGGGGGCGUGGUGGUACCGGAACUGCCAUACCUCCAACCUGAAUGGACAGUACCUGAGAGGAGGCCACGCCUCCUACGCUGACGGUGUGGAAUGGUCCAGCUGGACCGGCUGGCAGUACUCGCUGCGGUUCACUGAGAUGAAGAUACGACCCAGAAGACCAGAGUCCUGAACCGGGCCCAGAACCUGGACCAGAGAACCUUCCCUCUUUAAUAAAUUGUUCUGAUCCAUUCCUGAGCCUCUGUGUGCUAUUUGAUGAUCAACUCUGUGUCAUAUUGAUGAGUGACUAUGGGAUUUAUUAAACCGUCCUGGACUGAACCGGUCUGACUGAGAUAACAAAUAUAGAAGAGAAAUUCUGACAUGAAAAUAAGAACCACCAAACAUCUCCAGAACUUUAAUAUGCAGACCAAUGGUCAGAAAACGUUAAUAUUUCAUCGUAUUUAGCUUCAUUUUAGCUCUGAUCCAUUUGAGUCCUAUAAGUUCUGUCAGAUUUUCACCUCAGAUCCACCAAACCACCUGAGAGCCAUUGGACCUCAACGCAGAGUAGGUUCAGUUAUUCAGCCCUGUUUUCAGUUUGCUCCAUUCAAACAAUGAACAUGAUAAACAUAGUAAACAUAACAUAAUACAUCAUUAUAAAUUAUAUAUAUAUAUAUAUAUAUAUAUAUAUAUAUAUAUAUAUAUAUAUAUCAGUCCUAUUUAUGAUUGUUUUGUGUCUAAAA